CGAAGCUAGAGCCAUAUGCAGAGUCUUGCUUGGUAUCAUCUAUAGAUAUACAUUUGACCAGUUUGAUUUAAAUGAAAUUCAUUCUAAUUGAGCUCCAUUUAAUUAGUUGCAUAUCUUCGUUUUCAAAAGAUGAAGCAUUUGAUCUUCAACAAAAUCCUGCGCAUGUUGUUUGUAUCCAUAAUCUUUCCACAACUCUCAGUUUCUGUAGAUACACUCCUCCCAAAUCAAACAUUAGCCGUCGGGCAGAGUUUGGUGAGUCAAAACCAAGUUUUCGAGCUGCAAUUUCUGCGCCCCGGAAACUCAAGCACCUUCUUGGGCAUACGCUACAAAGCCACACCAGACGUCGUAGCUUGGGUUGCAAACAGAAACAAUCCCAUCACAGACGCGCAAGGAGUCGUCUUCGCCGUCGCCGGAAACGGCACUCUCCUCAUAACCAGAAAUGGAAGCGUUAUCUAGUCGGCGAGUCCGUCAACGGUGGCAUCGCGUCCAUUUGUACGCCUCCUGGACACCGGCAACCUGGUUGUUGUGGAUGACACGACGCUUGAAGAAGGCAACUCCGUCUUGUGGCAGGGUUUUGAUCAUCCAACUGACACCAUGUUGCCCGGAAUGAAGAUCCUCGAUGAUCUUGAUUCCGGUGUUGAGACGAACUUGACAUCCUGGAGAAAUUCGGAUGAUCCUUUGCCUGGAGAGUUUGUGUUCAAGAUCAUGAAUCGUGGACUGCCUCAGAUGGUGAUUUGCAGAGGAGAGAGCAUAUUUUAUCGAACUGGAAUAUGGAAUGGGCUUCAGUUUAGCAGUAUGCCAUCUCUGUUGAAUUCAGUUUUCCACCCUGAUUUCAAUAUAAGCCAUGGGAGGUUGAUAUCUGUGAGCAAGGCUUAUAACAGCUCACUUUUCACAAGAAUGAAUCUCGACGCAUCCGGCUUGAUCCAGCGGUACACGAUGAACUCACGGAGAGAUAUGUGGAAUCUUGCUUACAAAUUUCAACAAGACAGAUGUGAUGAGUAUGGUAGUUGUGGGGCGCAUGCAGUCUGCAGCAUUGAGAAAAUGCAGAAAUGCGAGUGUCUCAAGGGAUAUGAACCCACUUCACCAAAUGAUUGGGACCUUCAAGAUUGGUCUCGUGGAUGCAGGAGAGUUAAGCCGUUGGAUUGCAAGGGCGGUGGAGAUGGUUUUCAUGAGGUUAGAGGGGUCAAUUAUCCUGAUAUGUUGCAGUUUUGGUUGAAUACUAGCAUGAGCCUUGAGCAGUGCAAAGCUGAGUGCUUGAGAAACUGCAACUGCUCCGCUUAUACUAAUUCAGACGUUACUAAUGGAGGCAGUGGCUGCCUCAUGUGGCUCGGGGAUCUCGUUGAUAUCAGAGAAGUUUCUGAAGCAGACAGUAACCAGAACUUGUAUCUCCGCUUACCAAUUUCAGAACUAGGUGCUACCACCAAUGAGGAGGAAAAGAGAAGAAGAAGGCCUACAAAAGUUAUAGUGAUAGCUGUUACAUCUGCAGUUCUUUCAGCAGGCCUUAUCGUUGGAGUGUUACUUUUAAUGACAAGACGAAAAAGGCCAGCAUCAAAUUCAGAUGAAGUUAACAGUGAAGAUCUAGAAUUACCAUUAUUCAAGUUUGCAACUGUUUUGACUGCAACAAACGGCUUCUCUAGGGAGAACCUCAUUGGAGAGGGAGGUUUCGGCCUUGUCUACAAGGGGAAGUUAUCUGCAGAUGAAGAAAUCGCCAUCAAAAGAUUGUCUACAACUUCCCAACAAGGCCUCAAAGAGUUCAAGAAUGAAGUUAUCUUGAUUGCCAAACUUCAACAUAGAAACCUUGUCAGACUUUUGGGGUGCUGCAUUGAAGGAGAAGAGAGAAUGCUGAUCUAUGAAUACCUGAAGAACAGAAGCCUUAACUAUUUUGUUUUUGAUCAAAACCAAAGGAAACUAUUGACAUGGUCUAAGCGCUGUGACAUUAUCAUGGGCAUCGCAAGGGGACUGUUAUAUCUUCAUCAAGACUCCAGAUUAAAGAUUAUCCAUCAUUGUCUGAUCUUCCACAUCAGAAAGGAUUUCUUGAGAAAGAUCCGGGCGGGGUGUCUCUUGCGAGACGGCUGUUCAUUUUGGUGGAGAAGCGGUACGUCAAGUCAACUUCAAGUCCAAAUGAAGUUCGACGUGGAGAAAUUCGAUGGAAUAAUAAAUUUUGGCUUGUGGCAAGUGCAAGUCAAGGAUGUGCUGAUACAAUCUGGGUUACACAAGGCCCUGAAAGGAAGUCCGAGUGCAGUCAAAAAGCCCGGUGCAGAUGAUGACACAAACAACAAGUCCGGUAUGAGUGAUGAAGAUUGGGAGGAUCUGGAUCUGAAGGCGGCAAGCACAAUUCGUCUCUGCGUGGCCAAGAAUGUACUUGCAAAUGUACAUGGGAUUUCGAGUGCGAAGGAGCUUUGGGAAAAGCUGGAAGCUCUGUACCAAGCAAAAGGCAUCUCGAAUCGGUUGUAUUUGAAGGAACAAUUUCAUACCUUACGGAUGGAUGAAGGUGUGAAGAUUUCAGAUCACUUGAGUAUUCUCAAUGGCAUUAUCUCUGAACUGGAGAGUAUUGGAGCGAAAAUUGAAGAUGAGGAUAAGGCGUUGAGACUCAUCUUGUCUCUUCCACGUUCCUAUGAACACAUGAAGCCAGUAUUAGUUUAUGGGAAGGAAACUCUGGUCUUUGCUGAAGUCACGGGCAAACUUCUUUUGGAAGAAAGAAGGCUGAUGAGUGAAGGACGUCCUUCAUCGGAAAAUUCAGCAAUGGUGGCCUUUAGCAGAGGGAGGAAGAAAGACUCCAAGGGCGUUGUUUGUUGGAGGUGCGGAAAACCCGGCCAUACGAAGCGAAACUGUCCAGGUGGAGCUCAUCAAGGUGGAGCGGAUUCGGCAGAAAGCUCCGAACAAUCAGCUAACAUCGUGUUUGAUGAUGUCCUUUGA